AAAAUUAAAGACGGACGCAAAAAAUCAAAACCUUUCAACCAAGAUGGACGUGUAUUUAAAGUGUAGAAAUUGCUAAUCUAUUCGUUACCUAUUGAUUAUAAAUAAGCGCCAAAAUGUACAAUGGUAUUGGCUUGGAAACGCCAAGAGGUUCAGGAACGAAUGGAUAUGUUCAAAGGAACUGGGCAUCAGUGCGUAAAACCAAAGAUACGGUGAAUUAUCGUACCGAAGACGAUAUCGCUAAACUUGACUGUGCGUCAAAUAAACAGCCUAACCAAGAAAUACUUGAUCACGAAAGAAAGAGGAAAAUUGAAGUGAAAUGUGCGGAACUGGAGGACACUUUAGAGGAACAGGGGUUGCCCAAGGAGGAGAUAGCAGCACGUGUCGCUUCGUUCAGAGCGAAACUAGCUGAAGCCGGGAGCGGAGAAAAAGAUGUCCCAAGAAAUGAAUUUGGAAGAGUAACUGUGCGCGAAACUCACGCAGUAGCGGAAGCUCAACAAGAAAAGAAUGCGCGACUCAGGGACGCGUUCGGUAUAUCACCGCGUUUCGUUGAGGGGACCAGCUUGGACCCGGAGCGAAGGGCGAGGGAUGAGGCGCAGAAGUACCCCCUCGUAAGGACACCGAGCCAUGAGAGGGAGGAUCGGGACACGCACGUAGCUAAGAAGAAGAAGAAAAGAAGCGCGACACCAGAAGCUAAGAAAUCCAAGAAGAAAAAAUCCAAGAAAAAUAAGAAAGAGAACCAGGUGACACUUCAAUUAACUAGAAGUCAAAGAAAAAUGUUGUGGAGAUACAUACAUAGACAAGAGUCCAGCAAGAAGAAGAAAAAGCGGUCAAAGUCACCAAAUACAGAGAGUUCCAGCAGUUCAGAGGCAGCUGACAGUGAUUCCAGCUCAGAGGAUGAACGUCAAAAGAAAAAGAAGAAAAAGUCGAGUAGCAGACGUCGUGCCAGCGGUGCACCGUCGAGCCGUGAAAGCUCGCCAGUUAAGCAAGUUAAAGAGAAACAAUUGGAACGUCAAACCGAAUAUCAAGAGAAUAAUACUCGUAAAAAGAAUCGUGACCGUGAAGAGCGCCAUCAGAGAUACGAGGAACCACCCAGAAAUACCAGACAAGCUGAUUCUAGUAGACGCAGAGAUGAUAGAAGUCGGUCAGUGGAACGAAGAUCUUCACCAGAAUAUAGAAGACGAGACGAACGUAGAUCACCGGUAUAUAAACAGAAAUCAUAUGUCGAAAAAGUCGAUAGGAGAAGAGAAUCAUCAAGAGAUGAGUCUGAUAGAGCAAGGACUUCUAAACAAUCUAAACGUGAACGCCAACGGUCGCCUUCUGAGUCAGAUGAUGAACCGCCGAGAAAAUCUGAAAAAAGAGAUAGAAGAUUAUCAAGACAGUCAAGUGAAUCGCCGCCUCCUGAGAAAAGACGACGAAAGAGCCCAACUCCAGACAAGAAAAGAGACGAAAAUCAAUAUAAUAGAAGAGAUAAAUCAAAAGAGGAACUUCGGCAGCAUAAAGAAAAUAAAAGAUCAAGAAGGAGCGAAUCUCCAGAGUAUAAAAGCAGACGUAAUGAUGAUUAUCGAAAACACGACGAAGAAUUGAAUAAAAGAAACAAAACAGAUAACGACAGAUACUACAAGGAAAAUCGAAAUGAGACAUCAAAACGUAGAAGGAAUAAGAGCUCAUCAAGAGAGAGGCCGGAAACUUUUAAAGAACAUCAAGAACGAUCUUCAGUAAGUAAAUACAAAAAGGGAGACUCCCGUAAAGAGCCGGAAAUGUAUUACAAAAACACCAGACACAACCGAUCUCCUUCCUCCGAUACAGAAGCCGAAACGCCUCAAAAGCAAAAAGAUACAAAAGUACCUAAUAACAAAACACGCCAUAAUAAAGAAAGAAAUGAAUCUCCAACGAAAGAGAAACGCAGACGGAGUCCUUCGAUAGAAUACGCUAGAAAUGAAACACCAGAUCGAAGACCCGUUGACCGUAAAGGUGAUAAAAAUAAAUCCAGUUCCAAAACGAUUGAAAAUAAAAGAGAGGAGAGUAAAAUAAGAAAGAAAUCACCAACGCCCGUACAGAGAAGCCGUAGAGCAACGCACAGUCGAUCUAAGUCUACUUCGAUGGAACGGAGAAAUUCAAAAAAAGAAAAACAAAAAAGUAGUACCCCGAUCAUAAAAUCAAAAGUAGUAUCUGAACGACGUAUUUCACCCCGACCGGAACAAAAAGAUAAGGAUCGAAGUACCCGCAAGGGAUCACAUAAAGGGCAUUCUAGAUCGCGUUCGAAACACCGAAGUCGUAGCACAUCCAGUCUUAGUUACUCGCCGGCACGUCGCAGCCCCGAACGCUAUCGUGACAUUAUAGAAAAAUUACCCGAAAAAGAUAAAAGGAAAUAUAUAAAGUCACCGUCAGAUCUUCAACCGAAGAAGAAGAAAAUUAAAGAGGCAACUGAAACGUACAAACCAAAAGCUGUAUGUAUGAGAAGUUCAUCGAGCGAAAUUGAAGAUUCUGAAGAUGAUUUCUUAAGAUUAGAUGACCGAGCUCGUCAAGAGGAAUUGGAUUAUAAAGAGCUAAACAGAUUAAAAGAGAAACUAACUCAAAUGGCAAAGGCUUCAAUAGAGCGAAAACGAAAUGAAGAAGCCAACGGCCCUUCGACAUCUCACUCUACCUGCGAAGAAAAAAUGAAUGAAGACAAAUCUAAAAAUGAUAGUCCAAUCUUAGUAGAGAAGGAGGUUACACCCAAGGUCAGUAAUAAGAGUCCAGAGAAAGGUCAGACUCCUAAGAAGGAUAGUCCAGUAAAUGUAGAAAGUUCUCCGGAAGCUAAAAAGCGAGGUAGGAGUAAGUCUCGCCGAAGUUGGUCACGUUCGACUCGACGAUCGCGAUCACGAUCACGGUCAAGGGGAAAGUCAUCGCGCUCACGAUCACGGUCUAGAUCACGUUCGCGAACAUCUCGGUCAUCUCGUUCAAGAUCUCGAUCCUAUUCGUCGUCGAGGCGUUCCCGUUCAAGUCGCUCAAGCUCUUACAGCAGCAGAAGCUCAUCGAGAUCAUCUCGGAGUUCAUCUCGGUCAACGCGUUCGUCUAGAACAAUGACGGGCGUGUACGCCGAUUACCGUAGAUCGAGCGGGACGCGCUCACGAUCGCCCUCGAUACCUCGACGCGCUGGAUCGCCGAGCUUCUUGGAUAGGAGACGCAUAACGAGAAAAAAGUCACGAAAUUCUAGCACGAGUUCAGAAGACACGAGUAGUAAUUCGGAAUAGUGAAGUGCUAGAUGAUAUUAGUAUAAGUAAUAUUAUGUAUGUUUUAAACCCAUAACAUAUAUUCACAAAUAUCCACACGUAGUUUCUUAUUGAAUUCUCAAUCAUUUCAUUUUAUAAGUAACUAAUUUAUACCGAGGUCAUCAUGUCUCUCCGUACUUUCCAAUAGUAAAUUUGUUAAAAAAAUAUCAUGCGCUUUUAAUUUUUCGAGUGAGCAAUAUUAACAUUUUUUUUUUUAAUUAAUAACAAUUUUUUGACUGGGUACUAACCAGGUGUGACACUUUACUUAGUUUAAAUUUUUCUAAUUAAAUACAUAUGAAAUUUUCUAAAAAUAAACUCAAAAUAAUAAUUUGUAAUAAAGAUAUUUUUAUACAUAUCGUUUAAUCUAUUAAAUUCAUUAAUAUAGACAUAAAUUGGGUCUAUAAGAUCAAAUCCUGAAUACAGAUAAAAGUAAAUAUAAAGUAUAGUUAUGAGGUUUUUUUCUUCCGUAGCGCGCCCAUAAUAGAUCUCACAUAUACUUCAAAGAAAUACAAGUAUCGAAGAAGAUGAUUGAAUGUAUAUUAUAUAUUUUGUCAAUAUAUCACGAAGCGACGCCAGAUGUAGAAGUGCUAUGUUUAAGGACAUUAUUUCAAGUGUGAUUUAUGUUUCAAUUUUGUGUUAUUACAUUAAAGUUUAUUGUAAAUUUA